CGCAAUUAUUUUCUUAAUUAAAUAAUUAGUCUUUUAAUUAUUUCUUAAUUUAGUUAGUUACAUAAUUAAUUAUUUAUUUAUUUCUUAAUUCUAUAUUUCUAUUAUUACUUCAAUAUUAUCAAUCAUGUCUUCAUUUUUGAAAAAAGCCACAAAAAAAGUUACUAAAGUGGCAAAAUCAUUGGGAGGUUCCAGUUCGUCCAAAAGAAAGGCCACUUCUACUCCGUCGGUAUCAACAACACCUUCCAUUAGUAAUUAUAAUUAUGAACAUAAUUAUCCGGAAGGGUACGACCCGGAGUUACAUAAUUAUGCAGAAGAAAUGGAAAGAGAAAUACAAAUUGAUGAAGAAGAAGAACAAGAAGAGGAACCAACGACCCCAAUUGGGAUAAAUAUAUCUCGACAGUCAUCAACAAGAUCACAUGAAGAACAAGGAGAACAACAACAACAAAGACAAGCUCGUGAUAAACGAGUCAAUUUCCAAACUAUCGAUGAAGUUGAACCAGUAAGACAACCUUUUCCGGCAAUGCCACCUCCUAGUGGUAGAGCUGUUUCACAUGUGUGGUCGUAUUUCACAAAAGAACCAACCGAGAAUCCAGAUAUUUUCUUAUGCACUUGUCAAAUUUGUGAAAGUCAAGGAGUAAAGCCCUUAGUUUCAUACAGUUUCGCCAGAGGUGGUGUUACGGGAUCUUUUAACAAACAUUUGGCAAAGAAGCAUGGAAUCACAAAAGAAACUCAUGCAGCAAGCGGGAGCGGGACCACAAGUGGAAGCCGACAGACACAAUGGGACAUUCCCAUCACAGGUAGAAGAGUUUUGGACGAAAAGCGAUCUCGUCUUGCUCCACAUAGUAUUCAAAUAUGUGUUUGCAAGAAAGAUUGGGAUCAAGCGGAGAUUCGAACACAAGGACUAAGGAAUGAUGAUGAUCAAGACGACGAUGAUGAUCCAUGGAUGAUGAUGGAUACAUCUGCAUCAUCGUCAGGAGGAGAGUCAGCGGAAGCAUCUAAUCAACCACAUGAUGAUGACGAAGACGAAUAGGAUCAAUCCGACAAACGACAACGAUAAAUCAACAUUCAACAACUAUAAAUAAAAGGUAUGACAAAGAACUACGUGGGCUUUGAUUCCUUCGGGAUACGUAGGCAGCUUAGUAUUCAUUUGGGUACUAGGUUCAAGUCCAUUUUCUCCCUCUUUUUUUAUUAAUCAUCUUUAUCGACAUUAUCAUUGAUUCGUUUCUUAUUAAUUUAUUUUUUUCAUUCUUUUUAGUAAAUAUUUCAAUAACGAUGACAACUUGACAUGCAAUGAAUUUCGCUAAUAAUCAAGUAAUCAUCAAAGGUACGUCCGCGAUAUUAUAGUAUUUUUUUAUUAUAUAAAUAUUUAAAGAAAAAAUAAAAAUGGAACCGAUGGUCCGACCCGCCCGUCCCGUGAGUUGGAACCGCCGGAACCGCCUCAUGAACCGCCAAGGAACCGUUUGGAACCGCCCGGAACCGGAACCGGAACCGUUCGCGACAGGUUCCAAA